AUGGGCGGAGGCAUGGGGGGAGGCAUGGGCGGAGGCAUGGGGGGAGGGAUGGGGGGAGGUAUGGGGGUAGGCGGAACACCCAGCUGGGGUGUCGGCGGCGCAGGAAUCGUGGGAGGCCAGAUGGGCGGAAGCGGCGUGGGUUCCGGAAUGGGGGGAGGCACGGGGGGAGGGAUGGGUCGAGGGGUGGGCGGGGGUAUGGGGGGGAGUUCGGGAGGUAUGGGGAAUUUAGGAGGUAUGGGGAAUUUAGGAGGUAUGGGAAACUUGGGGGGUAUGGGAAAUUUGGGAGGCAUGGGAAAUCUAGGAGGUGGGAUGAACAAACCUGCUGCCGGUAUGGGUGGUGGCAUGGGUGGCGGCGGAAGUGGCAGCAUGGGUAGCGGCAUGGGUGGCGGCAUGGGUGGCGGCAUGGGUGGUGGGAUGGGCGGCGGCAUGGGCGGCGGCAUGGGUUCGUUUGGCAAAGGCAUGGCUGGCAGCGGCAGUAGCGGCGGGAGUCGCGGCGCAAGUACCGGCCUUUCCAACAAUGCGUUCGCGGGGCUGGGAGUGGCUGAUUUCGGGCUCGGCGGCGGAAGCGGAGCGGGGAGCAAGAGCGGCGCGGGCGCAAGCUCGUCGAGUCGCGGCCCAACCCCCACGAGAUCCGGACAUUCCGGACGAUCGUCGCCGUCCGUUACCGAGGAUCUCUCGUCAGGGUCUACUGGCGGCGGCGGCGGCGGCGGGGUGGCGGCGACAGCGUCGGCGUUUGACGAGCUGAUGAGCCAGGGGUUUGAAAUGCCGCAUUCGUCGUCUGCGACGUCGUCGGCGAAAGAGCGUCGCGAUCCGUCGCCUGUGCCUCCUGCUCACGCGGACGACGAUCUGCUGGCCGGAUUUGGCAGUUCCGCCAAGCCCACGAGCACCGCUGGGGGUCUAUUCCCUGAAGAGGGAGGCCCCUCGCCCAUGCCGUCGCACUCCUCUGCUGCUGCGCCCACUGCUGCUGACCCGUUUGGAGUCGACCCGUUAUUCGGUACAGCCGCCCCUGCUUCUUCUUCUGCAGCUGCUGCUGCUGUUCCUGAUCCUUUUGAUGCGUUUGCCAUGCCUACUGCUGGAAGCGGCUCGGGAGGCUCGGGAUUAGGUAUGGAUGGGGGGGUUCCGACACAGGGCAGCGGUUUGGGAGACCAGGGCGCAGGUCCGGAUAUUGGUCUGGGUGACUUUGAGACGUUCGUUCAGCAGGUUCCCGUACCUGAGGGAGGGGUGCAGGGAGGGGCGCAGGGAGGGGUGCAGGGAGGGGCGCAGGGAGGGGCGCAGGGAGGGGCGCAGGGAGGGGUGCAGGGAGGGGCGCAGGGAGGGGUGCAGGGAGGGGCGCAGGGAGGGGUGCAGGGAGGGGCGCAGGGAGGGGUGCAGGGAGGGGCGCAGGGAGGGGUGCAGGGAGGGGCGCAGGGAGGGGUGCAGGGAGGGGCGCAGGGAGGGGCGCAGGGAGGGGCGCAGGGAGGGGUGCAGGGAGGGGCGCAGGGAGGGGUGCAGGGAGGGGCGCAGGGAGGGGUGCAGGGAGGGGCGCAGGGAGGGGUGCAGGGAGGGGCGCAGGGAGGGGUGCAGGGAGGGGCGCAGGGAGGGGCGCAGGGAGGGGCGCAGGGAGGGGUGCAGGGAGGGGCGCAGGGAGGGGUGCAGGGAGGGGCGCAGGGAGGGGCGCAGGGAGGGGCGCAGGGAGGGGUGCAGGGAGGGGCGCAGGGAGGGGUGCAGGGAGGGGCGCAGGGAGGGGUGCAGGGAGGGGCGCAGGGAGGGGUGCAGGGAGGGGCGCAGGGAGGGGUGCAGGGAGGGGCGCAGGGAGGGGCGCAGGGAGGGGCGCAGGGAGGGGUGCAGGGAGGGGCGCAGGGAGGGGUGCAGGGAGGGGCGUUAAGAUGGGUGAUGGGGGGCAGGGGCGCAGGGGGGGCAGGGGCGCAGGGGGGGCAGGGGCGCAGGGGGGGCAGGGGCGCAGGGGGGUCAGGGGCGCAGGGGGGGGCAGGGGCGCAGGGAGGGCAGGGGCGCAGGGGGUCAGGGGCGCAUGGGGGGGCAGGGGCGCAGGGGGGGCAGGGGCGCAAGGGGGGCAGGGGCGCAGGGGGGGCAGGGGCGCAGGGAUGGCGGGCGCAGGGAUCUCUCCUUUUCCCACCGUCUUCCCCUUUCCUUCAUCUUCCCACCUCUGCUGUCCCCCUUUUCCCUCUUUCAAUCUCAUCCACCCCCCGCUCCCCCUUCCCCCCGCCCGCCCUUUCCCCACGGUUUCGGUUUCCCUCUCUCCCGUUGUCCCGCAUACUCUCUCCUUUUCCUUGCGUCGUUCAACUUUGGCCUUUCUCCUCGCCCACACUUAGCGUCCCUUCUUCUCCUUCCACGCCUCCACCUCAUCUGCCCCUUUUCUCCUCUCCCUCCCGUCUCCUUACCGGCUCCCCUUCCUCCUGUGCGCCCCGUACACAUCCCCCCUCUUCCCCCCGUCCGCCCUUCCCCCUCCCUUCCCCCUCCCUUCCCCCCAUCUGCCCUUCCCCCCUCCUUCCCCCCGUCCGCCCUCCAUUCCCUCCCCCCCUCCCCCCGUCUGCCCUUCCCUCCCCCCCUCACCCCGUGCCCCCAUGGCAGGCGGCAGCGCUGGACGAGAAGAAGAAGCGAGACAUGGACGUGCUGAAGGAACAGGAGGACAGACACAAAGCGGGCGAGAUGUUGGAUAUCGAGAUCAAGCGGUGGGCAGCCGGCAAGGAGGGCAAUCUGAGGGCGCUGCUCUCCACUCUGCAGUUUGUGCUGUGGCCUGAGUGCAAGUGGGAGCCGGUGGCGCUCACGGACAUCAUCAGUGCGGCAGCAGUGAAGAAGGCGUAUCGCAAGGCAGCGCUGUGUGUGCAUCCGGACAAGGUGCAGCAGAAGGGUGCUACAGUGCAGCAGAAAUACAUUGCCGAGAAGGUGUUUGACCUGCUCAAGGAGGCGUUUAACAAGUUCAACUCGGAGGAGCUGAAGAAUCUGUUCGUUGGAAAAGCGUCGUCGAAAUUCGAGUCGUCAUCUCCUGCGCCUGUUAUGGGAUCGACUGACGAAGCGCAAGGAUAUGGCAAGGAUCAACAGAUGCCGGCAGGCUACCCCGACUGGGCAGCGGCUUUCCAGGCGUACUACGGCCAGGCGGGGCAGCCACCGCCCGGAUACUACCCCGCAGCAGCCGCCGCUCCCCAGCACCACCCCUACAUGUGGGGGCAGCAUAUGAUGGCGCCCUACGGCCAGCCUCCCCCCUAUGCCGCCCCCAUGUAUCCCCCUGCUGCCAUGUACCCGGGCGCGCAGCCCUAUAUGGGGUACGGCAUGCCAUCAGCUACCGCAGCCGCAAUGGAUGCUUCCUCGGCCAUGGCGCCUGGCAUGCCGCCAGUGGCAAUGCACGCGGAGCAGAGAGAUGGGGGAGGGGCGGGCCAAUCAUUCCUUCCCCCCCGUUUCCUUCCCCCUCCCCCCAUUGCUCCCCGUUCCUCUCUCCCCCCAUUGCUCCCCGUUCCUCUCUCCCCCCAUUGCUCCCCGUUCCUCUCUCCCCACAAUGCUCCCCUUCCCCAGGCCAUGGCGCCUGGCAUGCCGCCAGUGGCGAUGCACGCGGAGCGCAGGGACGGGGACAAGUGA